UUGCAGGUGUGGUUUCAGACCAGACGGGCCAAGUGGAGGCGGCAGGAGAAGCUGGAGGUGACCUCCAUGAAGUUGCAGGACUCACCCAUCCUCUCCUUCAACCGCUCACCGCAAGCAACACCCAUGGGUCCCCUCAGCAGCAACUUGCCCCUGGAGACAUGGCUCAGCCCGCCUGUGCCCAGCAGCACGGCGCUGCAGACCCUGCCCGGCUUCGUGGCCUCUCCGCAGAGCCUGCCCGGCAGCUACACACCACCGCCCUUCCUGAACUCUCCGGCAGUGACCCACGCGCUGCAGCCCCUGGGGGCCAUGGGGCCACCGCCGCCUUACCAGUGCGGGGCCACCUUUGUGGACAAGUUCCCCUUGGACGAGGCAGACCCGCGCAACACCAGCAUUGCAGCCUUGCGGAUGAAAGCCAAGGAGCACAUCCAGUCCAUCGGCAAACCCUGGCAGACAAUCUGA